AUGCCUUCUGUUACUGAUUUACAACAACAACAACAACAACAACAAACAUCAUCAAAUAUUCAUGGAAAAUCUACACCACCACCAACACAAUCAGCAACAUCAAUGGAUCCAAAUAAUGCUGAUCCAUUAACACAAGCUAUGCUUGUUUUAGAAAAAAAACAACGAAAUCUAGGAAAACGAAAAGAGAAAUUGGAAAGUUAUCAAAAGGAAGCAAAAGAUGGUAAAGAAUUAAAUAAAGAUCAAAAAGAUGCAUUGGCAAAAUAUCCUGAAGUUCUUGGCCAAAUUGAAUGUGUUAAGGAGCUUAGUGAACAAUUUAAAAAAAUUCAAACGGAGUCAUCAAGAAAUCAAAAACGUCUUUCAAAACAAGCAGCUGAAGAAAAACGUUUAUUAGUCUCGGAACGUUUGCGUGAAUAUGCAAAAAUUCGAUAUUUGUUUGAUCAUCGACCAUCCUCAUUAAAACCAGAAGAAUCAUCAUUAUUAGAUGAAUUAUCUUCUAGUAUAAUCCCAUCAGAUAAUUCAUUAAAUUCAAUAACUCGUUCAGUUGAUACUGUUUUAUCAAUUUAUCAAGCUGGUCCAUCAUCAACAAUAAAACCUCUUACAGGAAAAAAUCCACAAGAAGUACGAGAAAUCCUUGAAGAAUUAAUAAAAAAUCUUGAUAAUCAAACAAAUUCUGUUUCAUCUUGUGUACCUAUUAAAGAAGAAGAACAAAUUAAACAAAUAAACGAAACAGAUGAUAUUCAAUCAUCUAAUAAAAAUAUAAAUGAAUAUCCAUUGCAAUUUGAUACAAGAAAUCAAAAUAUUCCACUUGAACAAAUUAUACAAGAUAGUCCUUUCUUUCCUAUUGAUUUAAAUAAUCAACAAAUACAAGACAAUAACCGAGAUCAAUCGCCUGAUCCAAAUCAAUAUUUACAAACAUUUACUGUUGUUAAUUCAAAUAUUAAUGAUCAAUCGUCAUCAUCAAUCAUAAAUCAACAAGAAGAAGAAUCAACAAAUGUUGUUACUUCAAAUGAUGAACAGCAUCAAUCAGAUGAACAAUGGCAACAUCAAGGAAGCAAUGAAACUACGCAAAGAAUGGGACAAUUUCAUAAUGAAACUGGAAACAAAAAUUAUCAUCGUGGUGGACCGAAUCAUUUUAGUCAACAAUGGAGAGGACCACGUGGUGUUCGAUAUGAUAAUUCUCAUGGUAGUGGCCAACGACAAUAUAAUGAAAAUAAUCGAGCUAGAAAUGGAUCUAAUCAAUAUUAUCGUGGUAAUCGUGGAGGAGGUAAUUAUCGUCCUGGUAACCGUGGUUAUCAUAAUAAUACUAAUGAAUAUCAAAAACCUACUCAAUAUCAAACAAAUAAUGAUCAACAUCAACAAACUCGUUCGGCUCCACCAUCUCAACAACAAUAA